AUGGUUGCUAAUAUGCCGCCCUCUUUUUCCACCGUCGCCGCCGCCGCUGGCAGCUGCUCCGCUUCCUCCAUCACUGCCGACGCUGCGAGCGGCUACCACGUGCUCAGGAUCGAGAGCUACUCGCGCAUCAAGUCCACCACCCCCAACGGCAACUUUAUCGACCAGGUGGAGAAGCAGAAGCCAUCCUACGUUCGCACCGUUAAGCCGAACAAGUUCGUCAGUCACGGCAGCUGGGGCCAUGGUAAAUUCGUCAAGAGCUCGGAUCUGGAGCAGUCGGGGCCCCUCAAGGACGACUGCUUCACGGUCAGGUGCGACAUAAUCGUCAUCGGCGAACCCCGCACGGCGGCCACUACGGUCCCCGGCGCUUCGUUCGUCAUGGUGCCGCCGCCAGACUCGUCGCAGCAUUUCGGCGCCCUCCUCCUAGGCGGAAAGGGUGCCGAUGUCAGGUUUCUUGUAGCCGACGAGGCAUUUGCCGCGCACCGGUGCGUGCUCGCCGCACGGUCGCCGGUCUUUGAUGCUUUGCUUUUUGGCCCCAUGAAAGAAGGCACCGCCACAGGCAACUGCAUACGGAUUGAUGGUAUGGUACCUCAGGUGUUCCAGAGCUUGCUGCAUUUCAUUUACACUGACUCACUGCCAGAGAUGGAAGAGCAAGAUAAGGAGGCCAGCGCCACGAUGGCGCAACAUUUGCUGGAAGCCGCAGACAGGUAUGGCAUGGAACGGCUCAAGCUGAUUUGUGAGGACAUUCUGUGCCGGUACAUCGAUGUGAGCACCGUGGCGACCUCGCUGGUGUUGGCCGAGCAGCACCGCUGCCAAGGGCUUAAGGAGGCGUGCUUCGAGUUUCUCAAGUCUCCAAAAACACUAGAUGAGGCCAUGGCAACCGAUGGAUUUCAGCAUUUGGCGAAAAGCUCUCCUGCUUUGUUUGAGUUGAUGUCCAAGAUUACUGGACGCUGA